AUGUUGGAUGAACAAUCAAAAAAAGAUUUAGGUAGAGGAUCUUUUGGUGCGGUUAGAUUAGCUGUGGAUGCUCAAACAGGUUUAGAAUAUGCAGUCAAAGAGUUUUCAAAAAAAAGGUUAAAAAGAAAGUUUGGAAAUGUAUUGGGAGGAGGAGGAAAUGAAGGAAAUGAAGAUGCGCUUCAUUUGAUACGAAAUGAAGUAGCGAUCAUGAAGAAAGUUCAACAUUCUAAUAUAGUGAAAUUGUAUGAAGUCUUGGAUGUAGAAGGUGAAGAUAGUUUGUAUAUGGUCAUGGAAUUUUGUAGAGGAGGUCGAAUUGAAACUGGAAUUGAAGAUCAUGAGUUGAUUAGACGUUAUUUUCGUCAGUUGAUCAUUGGAAUUGAUUAUUUACAUCAAAAUGAGAUCAUUCAUCAUGAUAUUAAACCGGAUAAUAUUUUAUUAUCAUCUGAUCGUAAACAAAUCAAGAUUGUCGAUUUCGGGAUCUCUGCUCUUUUCGAAUCAUCACAUCAAUCACAACCACAACAACCCAGAUUGAUUGGAAGUCCAGCGUUUUUGAGUCCUGAACUACUUACUGGUAAAUCAUCCGGUGGAACUGAAUCUGAUAUUUGGGCUAUGGGUGUGACACUUUAUUGUAUGGUUGAAGGAAAAUUACCGUUUGGUGAGAAAGGUGAAGCUUUAGAUUUGUAUCAUCAGAUUCAAGAAGAAGCGUAA